CUUUUGUUCUUGCUUGCAACCCCCAUCCAUCAUUCAAAAUUUAAUUGCAUUAUUUCAAAAACCAUCAUCAAAUAAAUCGUCACCAUCAUCAUCAAUGGGGGGUUGCAUGUCUGUUCCCAACACAAGCCAUUUGAGAAGGACCAGAAACAGCCUUGUCCAACCCCUUUCACUAGAUGACUUACAACCCGGCCAACGACCCAAAAUGAUGAAUAAAUCACGAACCCAAAAGUUCACACGCCCAGCUCGAGUCCUCAAAGACUCGGCUGGGAAGGAGAUUUUUAAACGUUACAAGUUCGGUAGAGAGCUUGGUAGGGGUGAGUUUGGGAUAACAUAUGAAUGUCAUGAUUUAGCAACGGACGAAAAAGUGGCUUGCAAAAAAAUAUCGAAGAGCAAACUUAGGGCUGAUAUCGACGUUGAAGAUGUUAGAAGAGAGGUGGCGAUCAUGAGACAUAUGCCCACGCACCCUAACAUUGUUAGCUACAAAGAUGUUUAUGAAGAUAGAGAGGCGAUUUAUUUAGUAAUGGAGCUGUGUGAAGGUGGGGAACUAUUUGAUCGAAUUGUAGCUAAAGGUCAUUAUACCGAAAGAGCGGCUGCCCUUGUUAUCAAGACCAUUCUUGAAGUUGUCCAGGUGUGUCACAAACAUGGUGUAAUGCAUCGUGAUUUAAAGCCCGAAAACUUCUUGUAUGCUCACAAAGGCGAAAAUGCAUCUCUUAAAGCAAUCGACUUUGGUCUUUCUAUAUUCUUUAAACCAGGCCAAAGAUUUAGGGAGAUUGUUGGAAGCCCGUAUUACAUGGCACCGGAAGUACUAAAACGGAGUUAUGGAGAAGCAAUUGAUGUAUGGAGCGCCGGUGUUAUUCUUUACAUCUUGCUUUGUGGAGUUCCUCCUUUUUGGGCAGAAACGGAAGAGGGAAUUGCACAAGCAAUAAUUAAGGGUGACAUAAACUUUAUGAGGGACCCCUGGCCGAGGGUUUCAGAAGAUGCGAAAAACCUUGUAAAGGGCAUGCUUGACCAGAACCCGUAUGACCGGUUAACUGUUGAAGAAGUCCUCCAGAACCAUUGGAUUCAAAAUGCCCACAAGGUCCCCAACAUUCCUUUGGGAGAGAAUGUACGAUCAAGAAUUCAACAGUUCUCUUUGAUGAAUAAAUUUAAAAAGAAGGUCAUUAGGGUGGUUGCGGAAAACUUGCCAGACGAGCAAAUACAUGGACUAAAGCAGAUGUUUGAUGAAAUGGACAAGGACAAGAACGGUUCACUUACCUUUGAAGAGUUCAAAGACGGUUUGUGUACGAUUGGAGAUCAACCCCUUGAUGAUCCUGAUGUUCGGAUGCUAAUGGAAGCUGCUGAUCUUGAUGAAAACGGGGUGCUGAAUUGCGAGGAGUUUAUGAUGGUUGCAAUUCACUUGAAACGGAUAAGCAAUGAUGAUCAUCUUCGCCAAGCGUUCCAUCAUUUUGACAAGGACAAAAAUGGGUACAUUGAGUUCGAUGAAUUGAGGGAAUCCUUGUUCGAAGAUCAAGAUUCACUCAACGAAAAGCUACUUCAUGAUAUCAUACAUGACGCCGACCUAGAUAAGGAUGGCCGGAUCAGUUACCCGGAGUUUGCAGCGAUGAUGACAACAGGGAUGGACUGGAAGAUGGCGUCUCGACAAUACUCGAGAGUUAUGUUGAAUGCAAUUAGUGUAAAAAUGUUCAAAGAUCAAUAGACAUAAAAAAAAUGUCAGAGUAAA